AUGGCAUUGAAAAACGCCAUCUAUGCCCCUCUUCCGCUAGAUACACACAUCCAUCUGCUUACCAUCCGGCCGGGCCACGGACAGGACACUCUAUUCGCCUCUAUUGGCUCAUGUUUCCUCUCAGAAUCCACUUCGAACUACACAGCUAUCUCUUAUGUCUGGGGUGCCCCUGCUGUAAUUGCGUCGAUCACAAUCGAACAAAGGAUGGUUCCCCUCACUGAAAGUGCGUCUUAG